UGGGUCACCCUGACACCCUCCGCAAGAAAAGAUAAAACCACAUCUCCUCUACGUUUCUAGGAGAGCCCUCACAAUUUCUCGAAUUUAAUCAACGUGUUUCACAAUUCACACCAUUAGCUACUCAUUAGUACAAGUUUCAAAUUCAAGCCACCCAAAACAAAGGCUAACAUCUCAAUUUCAAGCUAGUUAGUUUCACUAACAAAUCAACAUGCCUUCUAUAGCUCUUCCCUUCUGCAUCUUCCUCAUCUAUGCAGCUACUCCGUUGGUCGCUGGUAACUCCUCUCAAUCCCCAACAGCAUACGAAAUUCUACAGGAAUACGAUUUUCCUGUAGGACUACUCCCCAAAGGCGUAACAAGGUACGAAUUUAACAAAACUACAGGCAAUUUCGCUGUUUACUUUAAUAAAUCGUGCACUUUUAGUAUAAGUGGUUACAAUUUAAAGUAUAUGAGUAAAAUUACUGGUAAAAUUUCCAAAGAUAAGCUUGCGAACUUGAAAGGUGUACAGGUGAAAGUGCUUUUCUUUUGGAUUAAUAUUAUUGAAGUUACACGUGAUGGAGAUCAGCUUGAUUUUUCUGUUGGAAUUGUUUCUGCUGAUUUUCGUGUUGAUAAUUUUUAUGAGUCUCCACAGUGUGGAUGUGGAUUUAAUUGUGUCAAUUCUGGUGAGUUGAAUUUGAAGCAGCUUAUCUCUUCAAAUUGAGUGUUAAGUUUGGGGUCACUGUAAUAGUAGAAGUGGAUUUAGGAUGAAACUAACAGCUUGUUUGGAUGGUUGUUACCUGUCGUAUCGUGCUUUUAGUUUAGAAAUAAUGUUUAUACUUAUUGCUAUUUAAAUUUUAUUGUACCGUAUCAUUAAAUUCUAAAUUCUAUAGUUAUGUAUCAUUUUUUUUAACAGCUUUACUCCCUCCUUAUUUAUCUCGUAGGUUUAUCUUUUCAAUUGUUGAUAUAUGACCGUAACAACACACAGCGAUAUAAAACAUUGUGUUUAUCAAAAUAAUGCAAAUAUAAUACAAUAAUGCUCCAUUUUGGAAUUAGGGCCAUUUUGUAGUAUUUCAGAAUCCCACGGAACCGGAAGCAAAAUGCUUUUUUUAUUCCUUGGCUCUUUUGGGAUGAUACCGCCCCUUACUUGUGGGAGUUUCUGAAAAAGAUCUGUUUAAGCGUAUUUACGAUUUCAAUCACUAUCAACAUAUUCAUUUAGAAACUUUAUUGUUCUGUUGAUAUAUAAGCUUUUGGGGAUAUUUUGGUAGGGGUGACAAAUAGUCGGAUUAUUCUGGUGAUUAUUACUCCUUUGUCUUAUUUCAUUUUCAGAGCUUGGAAGGUCGAAUUAUUUAAUUUCUUUAACGAAUUUGGAAUAGAUUCUUCAAUUUUUUAUUUUUGACAUAAAAAGUUAAUAUUUAAAAAUAUAUACAAAUGGUCCGUUUGGACAUGAUUUGAAAUUAGAUUGAUUUGAAGUUAAAAUUUUACUUGGAUAUGCAAUUUAGAUUUUUUAAGUUGUAUUUUUUCUCGUAAACAUGAAAACGCACAAUUUGUGAAAACUAUCCAAAAAAAUUCAACUCUUAUUUACACAAAUGAGCAAAUUAUAGUUCAUAAAUAAGGUAUCGAAAUAUCCUGAGCCGCUACAUUAAUAAAUUACAUAUCUUCAUACUUUCUUUAUAAAUAAAUGCUCGCGAUUACAUGUUAUUAUAAACUUUCAAAUGCACAUAAUUUUAUAAAGAUUCACUUUGAGAAAAUCAUCAAUUGUACUCCCUCCGGAUCAAAAAAAGAGUUUAUUUGGCCAUUUACAUAUCCAUUAAAAAAAUAUUAACUUCUAGACAAAAAUAGGUAAUUUGACUAAAUUAUUCCUAAUUAAAUAGGCAUUGGGAUUUGAUCAUAUAACACUUUAUAGGGGCAAAUAUGAAAAAAUAAGGUUAGUUUUUUUUUUUUAUUUGCUAAGUGGACUCUUUCGUUUAUCCAAGAAAAAAAAAAAGGCUAAGUAGACUCUUUUUUUGAUCUGGAGAGAGUAAUAACUAACUACUCUUUAAUAAAAUUCUUUCACAUGAUAUGAACUAUCUCUUCACGUCGGCAUGAAUUUUUUUUAAAAAAAUAUAAAAUGGUGGUUGUUUUUAUAAAAUAUAAAUAUAUGGGUCAAGUUUUACAUUUUAAAAAAAAAUUGAAAUGACGAUUUGAAUUUUAAAUCCUAUGUUUUGAGAGAAUUUAAAAUUUGAAAUCAUAAUUUAAAUUUGAAGUUGAAAUUUUAUGCAAAUUUAUUAAACAAGCGCUGAUUUAAAAUCAAAAUAUGAAAUUAUUCUGUCUAACUCCUGCGGCCAAACGCUACAAGAAGUGGAGUACUUGUCUUUUUGCGACACACACAUAAGAAGUGCUUAGUGGCUGAGACCUAAAACAGAAUUUAGAAGCAGUUCACCCUUUAAUUAUUUCCUUGUAUAUGGUGACAUUAAGAAUGUACGUAAUAAGAAUUUCCUUUCAUGGUUUUUAUUUAUUUUAAUUUCUAAAGUUUCCCAUAGAAAUUCGCUUAAUAUUUUAAGACUUUGAAAUAAGCUACUCAAAUUUUCAUAUUCAUAAAUAAAGUUUUUGACAAUGCGGUCCAAUGUAAUAUGUUAUGAAUACAUGGUUAUCAUCUUGUUAUCAUGAAAUAAUUGUUAGUAAUGUAAAUAGACAUUAAUAACUACAAGCUAUAUGUCGAGUCAAUUCCUUAAAUGGUCAUCCACUAGAAAUAACUUAUUAAAGUAAUUUUUAUGCUUAAGUUUCCAACAAGGCUCUAGCCCUCUAAUGGUCCUGGGGUUGUGCCUUUUCUCCUGCGUGGCAAGAUAAGAUUCUACUCUUGAUGCACAAACAGCAAUAGCAAAAGAAACGAUGGGCGUUGGCUAAUCAAGAAUUGUGAAUUAAAAUUUUUGAGGCUUCAAAUUUGUGCUCUGAAACGGCCACUGUUAUGUCUGGCCGAAAAUUGUUAGACAAUGAAGGAAAGAUUGAUUUAGCAGAUGAAUUACCAGAUCUCAGAUCCAGGAUCAGAUUAUAAAAGAAUAAAAAAAAAACUAGAAUUGAUUUAGUUUCAUAGAAAGAGCUAAUAGCAAAAAUAACAAAACUUGAUUGACAGCACCCCAGGAGGAUUGUUAUUUUCUUCUUCUUCUACCUGCGUUUGAAAUUUACUUGUAAAACAAACUGCAAAUAAUAUCUCAAAUAAAUAUGUGGUCAUACAUUUUAUAAUUAAGUUUAUAAGCUAAUAUUAGAGAUGAUAAAUCUAUCUAAGUUACCACGAGAUUAGCAAUCACAUUCUCUACCCCAGGAGGAUUGUUAUUUUCUUCUUCUUCUAUCUGCGUUUGAAAUUUACUUGUAAAACAAACUGCACAUAAUAUCUCAAAUAUGAAAGGUGUACAGGUGAAAGUGCUUUUCUUUUGGAUUAAUAUUAUUGAAGUUACACGUGAUGGAGAUCAGCUUGAUUUUUCUGUUGGAAUUGCUUCUGCUGAUUUUCGUGUUGAUAAUUUUUAUGAGUCUCCACAGUGUGGAUGUGGAUUUGAUUGUGUCAAUUCUGGUGAGUUCAAUUUGAAGCAGCUUAUCUCUUCAAAUUGAGUGUUAAGUUUGGGAUCAUUGUAAUAGUAGAAGUGGAUUUAAGAUGAAACUAACAGCUUGUUUGGAUGGUUGUUACCUGUCGUAUCGUGCUUUUAGUUUAAAAAUAAUGUUUGUACUUAUUGCUAUUUAAAUUUUAUUGUACUGUAUCAUUAAAUUCUAUAGUUAUGUAUCAUUUUUUGUAACA